AUGGAUCCUGCAAGGAUAAGAAAGAAAAUCAGUCACUUUCAAAUUCUCGUUAUAGGAAGAGUGAACACAGGAAAAACCACCAUCCUGCAGAGAGUUUGCAACACACGGGAUAAUCCAGAAAUCUACAACAGCACCGGGGAAAAGGUGGGCGUCCACCUUCGAUGCCAUGAACUGACGUGCUCUCAGCGUGGACUGCAUGACAUCGAAAAUGAAAUGGUGUUCAAGAGCAACCCAGGGUUCAUGUUCCAUGAUUCAUGCGGUUUCGAGGCAGGCAGCAUAUCCGAAUUUGAAAAGGUCAAGGCAUUCAUCGCAAGCCGCUCCAAGGAAAUGCAAAUAAAGAAUCAACUACAUGCUAUCUGGUAA